UCCUUUUAUUUUAACCAAACACAAAAACACCGUCCGCGUAAACAAGCUAGCGUUAGCAUGGGUAGCUAGGUAGCAACACGGGCUACACCGCUGCAGGGAGGGGAAAGACCAACGAGCGGGUUAAUGUUGUGAAGACCAGGUCCGACAAGUUAACACACUUCAUGUUGACAUGGACGAGUCGGACACCGCAGCGAUUCUUCCCGGCGACGUCCUCGACGCGACGUCGGCGGAGGACCGACCGUCGAGCUCGUGCGGCCACAGAGACGAGGAUGACGCACCGACCACCACCACCAACACCACCGGCUGCUCCGCGCGACCCCCGCCGCUGGCUUGCCCGCUGCCGGUGUCCGUGGAGCCGGUGUUGUUCCUCUCCAUGUUCUCUCUGGCCCUGCAGGCGCCCCUGUCCACUCAGUACCUGUGGGACCGCAUCAGCGAGGACCUCGGCUACAACGGCUCCAAGAGGUCGGAGUGCGGCAACAGCUCCGCGAGCCCCGACCCCCUGCAGAAGGAGGUGGAAACUUUGACAGCCCACUGGAACCUGUACAUCAGUCUGGCAGGCUUCUCCGUAGGCCUGCUGGUGGUGCCUUUCCUGGGCUCGUGGAGCGACCGCGCCGGUCGGAGGCCGGUCCUCAUCCUCCCCAACUUUGGCCUGGCGCUGCAGGCGGUGGUUUACCUGGUGGUGAUGUACCUGAAGCUGCCCGUGGUCUACUUCCUGCUGGGCAGAAUGCUGAGCGGCCUUUCGGGGGAUUUCAACGCCAUCCUGGCCGGGUGCUUCGCGUACGUGGCCGACACCAGUGACAGAAGGUCGCGCACCUUCCGGGUGGCAGUGCUGGAGGCCUGUCUGGGUCUGUCAGGGAUGCUGGCCAGCAUCAUUGGAGGGCAGUGGCGGCGGGCGCAAGGGUACAUCAAUCCAUUCUGGCUGGUCUUGGCCACCAACUUGGCCGCAGCUAUGUACGCCUACCUGUUUGUCCGCGAGUCUGUCCUGCCAGACCCUGGUGCGAAGCUCCUCACCACUCGCCACUACAAGGCUGUCUGGCAGCUCUACUCGACGGGAGGCAGCAGCAGCGAGGCUGGUGGGAGAUUUCACAGGAGCAAGCUGUGGCUAUACACGCUGUGCUUCUUUCUGGUGGUGACUGUACAUUUCGGCAGCAGGGAGCUGUACGUGCUGUAUGAGCUGAGCUCGCCGCUGUGCUGGGGGCCCGCCCUCAUUGGCUACGGCUCUGCAGCGCAGCACCUGGCCUACCUGACCAGUCUGCUGGGGCUGAAGCUCAUGCAGCUCUGCCUGGAGGACUCCUGGGUGGCUAUCGUGGGUCUGGCCUCCAAUGUUAUCGGGCUGGUGGUCUUCUCUGUAGCCGACACCACCCAACUCAUGUUCAUGGGUUACGGUCUGUGUUUCCUCUUCAUGGCUGCGACGCCGGUGCUCAGGUCGAAGCUGUCAAAGUUGGUGGACCCAUCAGAGCAAGGUGCCCUGUUUGCCUCUGUUGCCUGUGUGGAGAGCUUGUGUUUUCUGGUGGGAAGUGGUAUCUUCAACUCUCUCUACCCAGCCACGCUGCACUUCAUGAAGGGCUUUACCUUCCUUUUUGCUGCCGUCAUCCUCUUCAUCCCCGCUGGAAUAAUCGGGACCCUGCAAUGUUUAGACCAGAGGAGAGACCAAAGAGACUCCGCAGCAUCCUGACCUGAUUAUUGCAGAGGGCAGGAACCUUACACAGGGUUAAAGUUCAUCCUGGUGUCGGGUGUGUGAGGUGAGCCACUCUGACAGAGACCACCUAAUCACACCAAAGUGAUCAAACCAAAGGAGGAAGAAUCAAAUCUCCUGAUUGACUUCAAUGAAAAACCUUUUUCGUCUUAAUUAUAAGAUGCUGGACAUUUGACUUUAAUGAAGUCUCUGUCAGCCACGCACAAUUUUUGUAUGCACACUUUGUUUCAUGUGACAACACUGCAUUCUCAGAUCCUGGGGGUCAGUCAACAAGAUACAACGAGCUCCACCUUUACCAGCUGCUACAUUAAAGGGAUGUUCAGAUAAAUACAUUGGUUAUUAUAUUCCAGAAUAUAUAAAAUAUUGAUUCUAAUACUUUUUUACUUUCACUGAGAUGAAAUUUUGAUUGCGGGAUAUCACUGGUAACAGAAUAUUUAUACAUUGUGGUACUUUUACUAGAGUAAAUAAUCAGAGUACUUGCACACUGUCAGUUGAGCGGAGUCAGCCAUUGUAAGGGUUACCCCAAAUCUGAAGUGGUAGAAUUGGUCCAUAAAACCCUCAAGCAGUGACAUCAUCAAAACUCUUCAGAUUCAAACAUGUCCAAACCCAACUAUAAGUGAAACAGCAGCAGCCAGGGAUUACUGAGUUACACCUUGACCCUCCGCCCGCCCUCCCUUCCUCCUUUUCCCAUAAAGCAGCGAGCACAGUCCAAACACCCUGAACAACACUGGAUAUUCCCAGAGCAACAGCCCUACAGCCCAACACACACACAGGGGUCACAAGGUCCACACUGAGGGGACAGGAGCUGCAGGAUCAGCCUUAAAAUGCACAAAGGGAAGUCACAACGUUAAGUGAAGCAAUAACUAAACCACUGUGAAUUGAUCUGCGUGGAGAUCAUUUGUGACACGGCACAGUUUGCUGAGAUCAUGUGAUCAGAGCCAUUCCUCAGACACACAAAGACAAAGACUGGCCAAUGAAGCUGCCUAUUCUUCGCCAUAAUCCCUUGCGUAGUAUUGAUGAAUUGCAAUUUUUUGUAUUUAUUGUAAUAGAGCUGGAUCGUCUUUGGAUUGUUUGUGAUAAAGAUUGUGGUAAAAUGUGUGUUUGUUUACAUUUCACAUGUAAUGAAGUGAAUUUAAAAAAAUGAUUUCACUACUUUUUUUUACAACACAUAAUUUUUUUAUCAUGUUUCGAAUAAAUGUACCCAAUUCUGUUUGUUUUAC